GGCGGGAGCGCGCAGCUGCUACCCUGGGACCAGGCUGCGGCGGUUAGUCCUCUCCCGGCCGCCGUCGCCUCCGACAUAUUGCCCGCAGGAGCUGCGGCGGCGAAGCGGGAGAGCGCUGGGGAAGGAGAUGGGAGGACGAAGAGGUCCCAACAGGACAUCUUACUGUCGAAAUCCGCUCUGUGAACCGGGAUCCUCAGGUAGCUCUGGUGGAAGCCACACUUCCAGUGCAUCAGUGACCAGUGUUCGUUCCCGUGCCAGGAGCAGUUCUGGGACGGGCCUUGCCAGCCCUCCAUUGGCCACCCAGACAGUUGUGCCUCUGCAGCACUGCAAGAUCCCUGAACUUCCCGUCCAGGCCAGCAUUUUAUUUGAGUUGCAGCUCUUCUUCUGUCAGCUCAUAGCUCUCUUCGUCCACUACAUCAACAUCUACAAGACAGUGUGGUGGUAUCCACCUUCCCACCCACCCUCCCACACCUCCCUGAACUUCCACCUGAUCGACUUCAACUUGCUGAUGGUGACCACCAUUGUUCUGGGCCGCCGCUUCAUUGGGUCCAUCGUGAAGGAGGCUUCUCAGAGGGGGAAGGUCUCCCUCUUUCGCUCCAUCCUGCUGUUCCUCACCCGAUUCACCGUUCUCACGGCAACAGGCUGGAGUCUGUGCCGAUCCCUCAUUCACCUCUUCAGGACCUACUCCUUCCUGAACCUUCUGUUCCUCUGCUAUCCGUUCGGGAUGUACAUUCCAUUUCUGCAGCUGAACUAUGAUUUUCGCAAGACAAACCUCUUCAAUCACAUGGCCUCUAUGGGGCCACGGGAGGCUGUCAGUGGCUUGGCGAGGAGUCGAGACUACUUGCUGACGCUGCGUGAAACAUGGAAGCAGCACACCCGACAGCUCUAUGGCCCAGAAGCCAUGCCCACCCAUGCCUGCUGCCUGUCACCUAGCCUCAUUCGCAAUGAAGUGGAAUUCCUCAAGAUGGACUUCAAUUGGCGCAUGAAGGAAGUGCUGGUUAGCUCCAUGCUAAGUGCCUAUUACGUGGCCUUUGUGCCUGUCUGGUUUGUGAAGAAUACACAUUACUAUGACAAGCGUUGGUCCUGUGAGCUCUUUCUGCUGGUGUCCAUCAGCACCUCAGUGAUUCUCAUGCAGCACCUGCUGCCUGCCAGCUACUGUGACCUGCUGCAUAAGGCUGCUGCCCAUCUUGGCUGCUGGCAGAAAGUGGAUCCAGCCCUGUGCUCCAAUGUGCUACAGCACCCGUGGACUGAAGAGUGUAUGUGGCCUCAGGGUGUGCUGGUGAAGCAUAGCAAGAAUGUCUACAAAGCAGUGGGCCACUACAAUGUGGCCAUCCCUUCUGAUGUCUCCCACUUCCGGUUCCAUUUCUUUUUCAGCAAACCCCUGCGGAUCCUCAACAUCCUCCUGCUGCUGGAGGGCGCGGUCAUUGUCUACCAGCUAUACUCCUUAAUGUCCUCUGAAAAGUGGCACCAGACCAUCUCCCUGGCCUUGAUCCUUUUCAGCAACUACUAUGCCUUCUUCAAGCUGCUGCGGGACCGCCUGGUAUUGGGCAAAGCCUACUCGUACUCUGCCAACCCCCAGAGAGAUCUGGACCACCGGUUCUCCUGAGCCCCAGGGAAUCCCAGGGACAGUUCCAGGCUUCAGCCAGGGGAUUGCUGGCAAAGGGGCUGUUGGGGCAGGUUGGGUGAGGGUUAGAAAAAAAAACAAAAACAGACAAAAAACAAAAAAAAAAACAAAAAAAAACCAGAGCUUUGUAUUUUUGUUACAUAUUGUUUUUUUUUUCUUUGAUAAUUGAUGUGAUAAGAGAAGAAAAGUCCUAUUUUUAUACUCCCAACAA